AUGGCGAAGCGGCGAGUCAAGAAGAGAACCCACCGCAAGGUGGCCGAGGAGGAGCUCGCCAAGAUCCCCAGGCUGAUGGUGCUUCAUUUGGGACAACUGCUCCACAACCACCUGCUCACCCAGUUGGUCAGAGACUUCCGCCAGGUGAUGCAGCCCCACACCGCCAUCAAAUUACGCGAACGGAAACUGAAUAAAUUGAAGGAUUUCGUCGUCAUGGCGGGUCCCUUGGGGGUCACCGACUUGUUUGUGUUCAACCAGCUGGAGGAAACGGGCAAUGUGCUGUUAAGAAUGGCGAAAGUGCCCCACGGCCCCACGCUACAAUUCCGAGUCAACGCUUAUUCGCUCGUUAAGGACGUCGCCAAGGUGUUGAAACGACCCAAAUCGGUUGGCGUGGACGCCCCGGAGUUCCACACCCCACCUUUACUUGUUUUAAACGGGUUUGGCAACUCCGUGGCCGAUAUGCCCCAACACGAUAAGCUUGUGGUGACGAUGUUCCAGAACAUGUUCCCGCCGAUCCAGCCGCAACUGACGACGGUCAACAGCAUCAAGCGAGUGCUUAUGGUCAACCGAAACGACGACGGCUCCAUCGACGUCCGCCACUACGCCAUCGACACCAAAUUGGUCGAGGAAUCGCGUAAUAUCAAAAAGUUGUUGGCGGCGAAACAAGUCCACAAAAAGAUGCCCAAUUUGAGCAAAAACAUGGACGUGCUGGAGUUGGUGUUGGACCCGUAUAGUGUCGGUGGCGUGACGCUGGAUCUGGAGGUCGAAGAUGAUGCUAUUGUCGAAAUUAACCAGCAGCAACAACAGGCGGUAAAGGCGACUUCAACGGUUGAAACUGAAACUGCUGCUACUAGUAGUAGUACUAAGAAGCGGGCGAUCAAGUUGACUGAGUUGGGGCCUCGUCUUAACAUGAAUUUGGUCAAAAUUGAGGAAGGUGUCGGCGAAGGUAAAACGCUCUACCACUCGUUGAUCACGAAGCUGGAGUUGGAACAAAAGGCCUUGGAUAAGAAACACGAGCGCCGCAAACAGUUGCGGGCGCAGAGACGGGCGGAACAGAAGAAGAACGUCGAGGAAAAGCUCAAAAAGAAACAGGAAAAGAAAGAGCGCCGCCAACAACGACAGAAGGGCGACGCCGACGGCGAUGAACACGACGACGACGACGACCACAACAUGGACGACGACCUGGCGCUGGACUCGGACGCCGUCGACAUCAAGCCCGAGGACUACGAGAACGACUCCGACUUGUACAGUGAAUAG